AAAAAUAAGAAAAGAAAGCAUACGGAAGUGGAGCAAGUGUCAGAAGACCAGAGCUCAUCUGUCAUACAAGAACAUCCUAUAAAAGCAAAGAAAGCCAGAAAAAAGCUUUCAAAAUCAGAGACAAAACUGGCAAACAGAGAGAGCGCUUUGGAGCAGGCAGAUGAAGAGGAGAAGCAAAAGCAUAUUCAAAGCAAGGAGAAGCAAAAAAAGGCAGCUUCUCAUGCCAUGGCUAAAAGUGCUGUUAAUUCAGGUACAGGCUCUGCUGUAAAACAGAAAAAGGAAAAAAAGGUGGCUGAUGAAACCAUAAACAGAAGAACAGUUUUUGUUGGAAACUUGCCUGUCAGCUGCACUGUUCAGGAGCUGAAAUCUCUUUUUAAAGAGUAUGGACAAAUAAAAUCCAUUCGAUUCCGGUCUUUGGUUCCAGCAGAAGAUACUUUAUCCAAAAAGUUAGGAGCAAUAAAGCAUAAGGUGCACCCUAAUGCGAAGUUUGUUAAUGCUUAUAUUGUAUUUAAGGAAGAAUGUGAUGCCAUUAAGGCUCUGAACAAAAAUGGAACAGAAUUUGCUAGUGGAUUUCACAUCAGAGUUGACAUUGCAUCAAAUACCAGUUCGCAUGACAACAAACGAUCUGUAUUCUUGGGAAAUCUCCCAUAUGACGUCAGCGACGACGCGGUGCGGGAGCACUUUGCGGUGUGCGGCGCCAUCGUGGCGGUGCGGCUCGUCAGGGACAGGAACACCGGCCUGGGCAAAGGCUUCGGCUACGUUCGCUUUGAGAAUACAGAUGCUGUGCAUCUUGCUCUGAAACUCAACGGAAGUGAGCUGAUGGGAAGAAGGAUACGAGUGAAGCGCUGUGGGGAGAAGUUCAAAGCACCACAGAAAAGUCCUGGCCAGCCUCGUCCUCCUAAAGACAAAGUUGAUUCCACCUUAAAAACCAAGAAGGGCUCUAAUGAUUCAUUUGUUGGUGAAAAAGCAAUCCCGCUGAAGAAGAGCGCUAAACCAAAAAGAGUGAAAACUGUCCCUAGGAAUAAAGCCAGUGGAAAAAAACACUCUUUUGAUAAAAAUAAAAAUUUUAAGUGUUAA